ACAGAGACGCUCUCGCCGCCGCCGCGAAUCCCCUCCCGGCCCCGCCCGCGGCCAUUCCCCCUUGAAACGUGGCGCUUCCGACACUUCCGUCUGUGACUCUUUCAUCUUUUUUUUCACCCACCCACCCAACCUCACAACUCCCAACCCGCAUCUCUCUCUCUCUGACCUGUAUUUGCUGGUGGCGCCCCCCGGGCUUGUAGAAUACGCGGCUCUCCGGCCAGGGAGAAUCGGAGCUCCAGAGCUUCUUCGUCGUCUCGAUUCUGCAUCCUGCUCCGUUGAUUCGGUUCAAGUCGAGUUGGUGAUGUAUUCCGGUGGAUAUCAUUUAUACAUAUGAAGGACAUAAAACCAUGGAAGUCACUAAUGAAGAAAAGAAGUGACUCGUUUGAAGGGGGGACAUGUGGAUUCAAGAAGAAACAGCUGCCCUUUAUGGUGAUUGUCUGCACAAUAAUGCUGUUUAUUGGAUAUAGGACCACUAGUUUUCAAUAUCAACGCACAGAGAUGGAAUCAAAAUUUGGCCCCUUCUACAUUUCAAAGGUGUAUAGUGGGGAUGACACAGGGUUAAGUAGUUUGCCUCGUGGUAUCGUAGAAGCUAGAUCUGAUCUUGAGUUGAAGCCUCUCUGGUCAACAAGUAGCUCAAAGUCCAAGGAAAAUGCAUCUGGUUCUCAUAACUUGUUGGCAAUGCCCGUUGGUAUUAAACAAAAAGAUAAUGUUGAUGAAGUUGUUCAAAAGUUUCUGUCAGAGAAUUUCACAAUUAUAUUGUUCCAUUAUGAUGGCAAUUUGGAUGGGUGGUGGGACCUUGACUGGAGUAAGGAGGCUAUUCAUAUAGUUGCUCAGAAUCAAACAAAAUGGUGGUUUGCGAAGCGUUUUUUACAUCCUGCUGUUGUAUCUAUUUACGAUUUCAUAUUCCUAUGGGAUGAAGAUUUGGGUGUAGAGAACUUCCACCCUGGAAGAUAUCUUGAGAUUGUAAAGGCAGGCGGACUGGAGAUAUCUCAGCCAGCUCUGGACCCCAAUUCAACUGGGAUACACCACCGAAUUACAAUAAGAAGCAGGACCCGCAAAUUUCACAGAAGAGUUUACGAGGAUAGAGGUAGUACAAGAUGUUCAGAAGAAAGUGAAGGCCCUCCUUGCAGUGGAUUUGUGGAAGGAAUGGCUCCCGUGUUCUCAAGAUCUGCAUGGCAUUGUGCUUGGCAUCUUAUACAGAAUGAUCUUGUUCAUGGAUGGGGAAUGGACAUGAAACUUGGCUAUUGUGCACAGGGAGACCGGUCGAAAAAAGUUGGCGUAGUCGACAGUGAAUAUGUAGUUCACCAAAGCAUCCAAACGCUGGGUGGGCAAUCACUGAAAAAGAGGCAUGUUGUUGAUGUUAGAUCUGAGAUACGGCGACAAUCCACAUAUGAGCUGCAAAGAUUCAAAGAGCGUUGGGAAGAAGCCGUGAACGAGGACAAGAACUGGGUGGAUCCAUAUAAAGAAGGUGGGCUGAGCCAGAAGCGCAAGAUUAAGAAAAGGCGGAACCAUAGGCGAAAUUUAAAUGUCUAAACUACCCCCCUAUAGACAGCAGCAGUUUGGUUUAUAUCUUCAUUGUAGUUUGUUCAACAUCACUUGAGUUACCUUCAAACCCACACCUGUAAUUUGUAGCCCUUAGAAGUACAGAUCAACAUAAUUAAAACAUGUCAUCAUCU